CCCCCAUUUGAAGGAAUCCCAAAAUGUGACGAAAGUGGCACAAGUAUUUCGUUUGCAUUUCUACAACUUUAGUGUGAAGUAAACAAGAAAAAAAUAAAUAUACAGACGGAUAACUUUGUGUGACUUUUGUUGAUCAUAUAAAAACUUUUCAAAUAUGAGUGUGCAUGUCUCAAGGUGUAGCCAUGCAAGGAUUGGUUUUAUUAUUAGAAAAAUGAACAAAUUCCAGCAUCAACAACAGACAUUGUCUCAGCUAAAUCAAAGAAGUUUAGCUUUUUGGAGUUCACGUCCAGAUGAUUGGACUAAGGCAGUAACAGAAGCUGAGAAAAUUGUUGGAUACCCGACAUCUUUUAUGAGUUUGCGAUGUCUUUUAAGUGACGAGUUAUCAAAUGUUGCUAUGCACAUGAGAAAACUUGUAGGGACUAAUCAUCCUUUAUUAAGAACAGCAAGAGGUUUAGUGUAUGAUGGUACCCACAACUUACAGACACGAGGUUUAAUAGUUUUAUUAAUGUCUAAAACUGCUGGUGUAGCUCCUCAUAAAGCUCAACAAUUGGUAGAAAAAGACAUGAUAGAUGGAAUUUUACCCAGUCAAAGAUCUCUAGCAGAAAUAACAGAAAUGAUCCAUACAGCAAAUUUAAUACAUAAAGGUGUUGUUAAUUUAUCUGAUCUACAGCCUAAUGAUGGACCUGUUAAAGAUAUGGAAUUUGGUAAUAAAAUGGCAGUGUUAUCUGGUGAUUUUCUUCUAGCUAACGCUUCAACAGGUUUAGCACAACUAAAUAACACAAAGGUUGUGGAGGUUAUAUCUAGUUGUAUUGGUGAUCUUAUAUCAGGUGAAUUUACAGGUCUUCAAGAUAGAAAUGGAAACCCUUGUCUUAAACCAGAUAUCACUUUCUCUGAUUGGACAAAUCAAACAUAUUUGACAUCUGGUAGCCUACUAGCAAAAAGUUGUCAAGCUGCAUUGGAAUUAGCUGAUCACGACCAGAACUUUCAGAAAAAGGCAUUUGAGUUCGGCAAAAAUAUGGCUUAUGCUCAACAACUUAACGAAGACCUGAAACCAUUUAUUACACCAGAUGAUAACAUAGAUCAAAUGUCAAUAUCAUCAGCUCCUGUUAUUAAAUAUAUUUUAUCACAGACUCCAGGCCUUCCUGUUUCAACACUAAAUAAUUUAGACAAUAGAAAGAUAUUGAAUUUAGUAAAAGAAGGAUGUAUUAUAAAAGAUUGUCAAAAUCUGUGUUUAGAAUAUGGGCAAAUAGCCAUAGACAGUUUAGAUGUUUUUCCCGAUUCCCAGGCCAAAUCAGCUUUAAUCAACAUUGUUCAGGCAGUGACAGAAUAAUACUAUAUGUAAUAUUAGAAAAGUUGCACUUAUGGUUAUUAGGACUUUGAUUAGGAUCAUGCCCAGAGAGGAGAAAUUCCGAACCCUAACAUUAGAUAUUGGUGGACUAAUGAACCCGCGGGCUAGUGCACCUUAACCCUAUAACCCAACCCCUAUAAUAGAUAUUGGUGGACUAAUGAACCCGUGGACUAGUGAGCAUGUGCUGAAUUGAUUGUGAUUUAAUUGUGUGAAUUACAUGUAUUAUUAUAUCCUUUAGUCUUCUGUUUGCCAGUGUAACAUAUUUAUACUUGCCAGAGCACAAAGGGGACUGUCUUAAAACAGAGUUCCAGCUGCUGGAGAUUUUAUUCAAUAUAUCAUGUUGAAAGUUUUAAUCAUCCAUGGACGCCCCCCCCCCCCCCACCCAAUUGUUUAUCGCCUUUUUAAUUAUGUCAUUUGUGAUGUCAUGGUGGAUAGUGUCAGUCACUGUAAAUAAACAGAUCAGCAGCCUACAUGUAUAUCCCCUGUUGGAAGUUUUCAAGCUUCAAUGUAAAAAUAACCAAUUCUCUUUUUUACAGCCCUGUUAAACAAAUUAUUUGAAAAAAUGGCAAUAAAAUGGCAAGUGGCACCUUU